AUGUUCCACUUAAUCAAGAAGGACCGAGAUGGGUCCCGGAGGGAGAAGAAGGAGAAGAAGGAGAAGAAGGAACGCAUGUCGGCCGCCGAGCUGAAGAGCCUGGAGGAGAUGAGCCUACGACGAGGCUUCUUCAACCUCAACCGGGCUUCCAAGCGGGACGCCAAGAACCGCCUGGAGAUCUCCAAUCCCAUCCCCAUCAAGGUGGCCAGCGGCUCGGACCUCCAUCUCACCGACAUCGACUCCGACAGCAACCGGGGCAGCGUGAUCUUGGACUCAGGCCACCUCAGCACGGCCAGCUCCAGCGACGACCUCAAAGUGGACGACGGCACCUUCAAGGGCUCGGUUCUGCAGCGGGCCGCCAAGUUCGGCUCGUUGGCCAAGCAGAACUCGCAGAUGAUCGUCAAGAGGUUCUCCUUCUCCCAGAGGAGCCGCGACGAGAGCGCCUCGGAGACCUCCACGCCCUCCGAGCAUUCGGCAGCCCCUUCCCCGCAGGUGGAGAUGCGGACCCUGGAGACGCAGCUGACGAAACACGGCGGUGAGACUCCCCCCUGCGCCCCGUUGGUAUCCGCCUCGCGCACCCGGCUGCCCGAACUGGUGAGCAAGCGCUUCCCCGCAGAGUUGAAGCUCCCUGCGGUGGUGCCUCCUCAACCCCCCGUGCCACGCCAGCUGGAGCUGCAACGCCGCAACACGGGCGACUUCGGCUUCUCGUUGCGUCGUACCACCAUGCUGGACAGGGCGGCCGACGGGCAGGUGUACCGGCGAGUGGUGCAUUUUGCCGAGCCGGGCGCCGGGACCAAAGAUCUGGCCUUGGGCCUGGUGCCGGGCGACCGACUGGUGGAGAUCAACGGGCACAACGUGGAAAAUAAAUCCCGGGACGAGAUUGUGGAGAUGAUCCGGCAGUCGGGCGAGACGGUGCGCCUGAAGGUGCAGCCGAUUUUGGAACUGAGCGAGCUGAGCCGCUGUUGGUUGAGGCAUGGCGAGCGGCCCCAAGGAGCAGCCUUGGAG